AUUUGUACUGUGGAAUGCAGGCUCGGGCCGGGCUCUGGUGCGUAGCGAAAAAGCGAUUACUACAUUAAAUGCAGGUUAACGACAGUAUUGCCGUGAGCAUUCAGUGCGGAUAUUUAUCGAGAUUUCACCAAAACCAAGGCAGCAAAAAGCUCCAUUUUCAAGAGGAAUGCGUGGGCUAGUUUGCUAAUGGCAAUGCUAUAGUAGCUCAUCUGGCUCGUAUCUAGUUUUUCAUUUCCGAGUGAUUAGGAAAUAACGUUACUGUCGCAACGAGACUCCAAAAGAUGACCGUUUCCGUUUUAUAUAACAUCAAUAUAUCACAGCAAUAACUACUUAAAUAGGUUCCCUCUUCGUUUGUGUGUAACGUUACAGCAGAAGAAUUCGCUAUGAACUCAAAGCGCAACAACGCUGAAAACGGGGCGGGCAGAAUCAAUCCAGUGUCGGUACCAACAGCAACAAACAGCUCAUCAGCGAGCGCUUCUCACCGUAAACAAACUAUUAUCAACUCAUCUCAUAAGGCAGAGAAGGAUGAGUGCAUGCAAAACACAGUCCGGGACAAAAACCUAUCCAUCUCCACACUCCGAACGCGCCUCGGACCGACCAUCCGGUCCACUCUGUCCGCGGCGGUGGACACCCUUCUGGGCGAGAUCGUGGCGGUGCUGUCCGAGACCCAGCGGGAGCUGCUGACCAAAGAGCAAGAGAACGAGAAGCUGAAGGUUCGACUCGAAGUCUCAGAGAGAGAGCUCAAGACGUUACAGGAGUGCCUGUGUAGCGCGCAGAAAUUAAUCGACCAGCUUCAGGGUCCCUUUGGGAACCCAUCCAUGCCGGGACCUCACGUCUACGCCACCGCUGGACCCGUGAACUCGAGCCGCUUGACACAUCGGAGUGCGCCCGAGCCGGAUCCGCGCUGCUUUACUGGAGCAGAACCAGAGUUGAGUGGCGCUCUUGGUGAUGCCAUACACGGCUUUGACUCCAGGGAGGAAUUCAAGAGCUGCCACCUCUCCAUUCAGGCGGAUGGGACGGUGACAAACAGUUUUUAUGACCCUAUAUCCGUCCAUUCCUCUAACAUCUGUUCAGACAUGAACCGACCUGGUGAGAUGGUGGAUGACAGCAGAAGACUCACACACGCCAGACCCCAAAACCCUCCCUCACACACUAGCUUCUCUGUUAAAGAGGAGCAGGUUCCUGCCUCUGGACAGGUGUGUGUGCGGGGAAGAGAGGCGCCCACAGAAGCCGAGCACUCAGCGCAGAGUGUGUGUGAUCUGGCAUACGUCCACGUGGUCGAGGAAGAAGGAGGUUCCCGUUCACACCAUCACCAAUCCAAACCUACACCACCGCCCCCCUCCAGGCCUCACAAUGGGCCCUCCUCCAGUAGUUCACCAUCACAAGGAACCUCUGGACUUAGAUCAGCCCAGAGGGAUGCUCCUGGUUUGGGUAUGAUCACCAGUAGAAGCCCAGGGGUGGGCGGCUCAUCGCCAGAAGAGCCCAUACGGCGCUCCAUCUCUGAGCUGAUGGGAGAGGCACCUGGGGAACGUCCUCACUUGUGUCUGGAGUGCGGCAAGACCUUCCGUCUGAUCUCUAGCCUGAAAAAGCACCUGAGGAUCCACACGGGAGAGAAACCGUAUCCGUGCACUGUCUGUGGCCGCCGUUUCCGCGAGUCUGGGGCUCUUAAGACUCACCUCCGUAUCCACACGGGUGAGAAACCGUAUUCCUGCUCCGAUUGCGGAACGCAGUUUCGUCAUCUCGAUGGCCUGCGGAAGCACCGCCGCACACACACCGGUGAAAAACCAUAUGUGUGCAGCGUCUGCGGGAAAAGGCUCAGCCGUCUGCAGCAUCUGAAACACCACCAGCGCAUACACACGGGAGAGCGGCCGUGCUGCUGCCCACUUUGCCACAGAGGCUUUAAAGAUCCGGCUAGUCUGAGGAAACACCUCCGUGCACAUCAGGGUGAGCCUGGAGCGGAUGAAGCAAUGGGAAUGGCUGGUUUGGGAGAGGGAGAUGGAGGAUCCAUGGAUGAUGAGGAUAUGAGGUUCGGGAUGUGGGGGGAAGAGGAAGGGCAUGAAGGCGAGCCUGUGGUGGACUGUGUUUAGUCACAGAGUUACAGCUAAGGAAAACAAUAAACAUUUUGGUCUUUUCGUGAAACAACAAA